AUGAUAAGCAUACAAACAUGCCAGAGCAGCAACCGAGUAGAUCUCCUACUGCGGGGGAAAUUCGUCAAGGGUAAUAAAAGGGACUUUCUCCUGGCCGCAAAGGACUCCUACCUGGAGCUUCUCACCGGGGACUUCAAAGAAACGAUCUUCGUCCAAAACACCUUCCUGAAGAUUAUCCAUCUGCAGAUACAGGAGGGGAAGGACCAAGACCACUUCCUCGUGGCAGAUGAAAAAUUGAACUUCCGAAUUCUUAAAUUUGACGGAAGCUUCGUGGAGACUUGCUUCCUUGGAAACUUCAGAUCAUCCAAACUGAAAAAAUAUGUGCAGUAUUCAACCGUAAGAAGUGGAAAGAAAAAAGAUGAGUUCUUCCACCAGUAUUCCAGGCACAUCCACGUCUGCAAAUUGAAAGAAGCAUUUAUAGUGUCCAUAGAAAACGUCGUCUUUUUUGUAAUAAUGAAUGAAUAUAAUUGGAUCCACAAGAAGUUAAGUGACUACUGUCGCAAUUACGACUUUAGAGUCAAAUCCAUUUCGAAGGAGAAUAACGUUAAUAUCAUUUACGACCCUAUGCAGCUGAGGCAUUAUAUCAUUCACAGGAACAGAAGUGGAAGGAAAAGGAUUAAGUACAUUUCGUCUUCCUUUUCGCGGGACUGCAAGGCGCAUGUCUACAGGAUAUGUAUGAAUUGUCCCGAGCCAGGGGUAUACCGGGGGAGCAGCAAAGGAAGCAGCCUGCGAACUGGACAUACACCAGGAGUUCCCCCCACUGACGAAGGGCAACGCAGGAAGCACCCCCUGGCAGGCAGAAACAAAUUCUCCAUUAAGGUGAAAAAAAUACCCAUUGAAAAAUAUCCAAAGGAAGAACCAUCCUGCAUUCGCUUUCGAAAAAACGUCUCCUUUGUAACGCUCUUGGAGUACACAACGGAGGGGUACUCAAAUGUGCAGAGUGGCCCAUCCUAUACUGACCAACGUAGCGUCAGAAGUUUAAGUACCACUCGUUGUAACACCCUAUUGGGAGAAUGGGGUGCAUUCGUGAGGAAUGCGCCCAAUGGGGGGUUAUUUGGAAAUCCGCGGAAACAGAUCGAGGUGAGAAAAUCAAGCCAUGUUACUUCUCCCUCCCAAGGGAGCACGUCUUACGGAGGAUACGAAUCCAAAGAAGCAGGAGUGACUUCCCCUGUUCGAAGUGGAACAGCUUCUCCAACGCACCAUACAGUUCAUUUCCACGAUCAAGAGCAACCAUGCAGUAAACUUCGCAUCAGGAGACAACACUCCACUGAGGAGAAGUCAAGAAAGAAGAACUACUACAAUGAAUUUUCCAACUGCACAAGCUUAAAAAUAUGUUUCAUCGUGAACUUUAUACGAAGCGGAAGUAGUCACACCGAUUUUGUCAGACACGUCUUAUUCCUUUGCGAUAAGGAAGAGAUCCAAAUGAUGAAGGUAAUGAGGCAUCUACGGAGGACAAACAUAUUUGAGACAAACGAUUGGGACGUCCUUAACAAGUACGGGAAGGAACUCCCAGGUGAUGAAGCUCUGAUGAGUCAUAAUAACUAUUUAUUGGAUCCAUCUCCUAAAUGGAAACAACUUUAUGAACAUAGAAGAAACUCAAAGGGUGGAGAAACCGGAAGGCACACUUUUGGGGCAUGUCCACUGUGCCAGUAUCAUUUUGAUAAAAUAAAUUUGCUCCAAGGGGAUCCCAUAUUUGAGCAGAUUUUCGAGAGAAACUUUUUUUGUAGGAACCACGGGGUGUGCGAUGGAAAGGAGGGCACCCGUGAUAGUAGCGAUUCGAUUAAUCCAGAUGAUGCGAGGCGAGUGACGACACUGCUGCUUGGCCUCUCCAUCAGAUUGAAACUCCUCCUUCUCUACUUUUCCCAUUUCUUCUACUCCAGCAGCAGAACGUUGCGUAACUCUUCCUGCGCCAUCCUGUUGAGGAGACAAAACGGGAGGCGUUCAAUUAUUCGCGAGCUAGCCAUGCACAUUUACCUUUUGAAUCUUUUUGUCGCUCAUAUUUUUCAAUAUGUCGGUGGCGAUUCGGGGGGGGACUCUUCAGCCGAUCCCACAGUGGGUAGAUUAGCAGCGGGGAAAAUGGAAAUAGAGAGAUUAGUAGAGAGAAAAUUGACCACAGCAAAAUUGAUGAAUGCCCAUGCCCAGCGCGAUAAGUAUGAUGUAACACAUCUGGAGGAAAAACCCAACGGAGGAUGCGAGAAUGGCCCAAGUGGGUGCACACCGAACGGAGAUAGACUACCAAAUGAGAUGUUCCUCUCGAUGUGUCAAAAAUUGAAUCUGCUCAUUGGGGAAUACAUGACUGAUUCUACACAAGGUAGCAGAGCAGGAAUGGAAGAAUCUUUAGGAACAUUCUGUAGCGACAGGUUGGAGACAACAGAAGGAGAAAUCACAGAUGCAAUUUCUACACACCAUUGCCAAGUUGUGCAGAGGCUCAUCAUCGACAUACAGAACCUGCGACUUAUAUCUCUCACCUGUUUGAAGGAAUUCAAUUUUAAUUAUGAGAAGGUGAGGGAUAAAUUAUUGCGCAGGAAGGAGAAGCUAGACAGGAGGAGCAGCGGCAGGAUGAAGAAGAGGAAGAAGAACGACGGACAUCACCCCCAUAGGGGGCGCACCCAUCAACACCGAAUCGAUCACAAAAGACACAUCAUACUAAUCACUACGAAUCACAACGGACAAGCGAACAUUAUCUUUUUUAAAAAUAGAACAAAGAAAAAAAACACCACUGUUAAUAAUAUUAUAAUACCCAUUGGCAAAUUAUAUCUCCCGAUUGAAGUCCAAAAAGUGGAGAGCGUAAUGAACAGAUCCUCCUUCGUUUUAUUUGCCAAGAGGGGGAUUGUUUUUUUUUUUCAUUUUUCCACAGCCUAUGGCGCGAAUCUUACCCUGGUGAAUUAUCACUUCGCUCUGCACAGUGACGUCUUCUUUGUAGAAAAGUUGAGAUUCUUCAGAAUUGUUAAAAGGGAUGGCACAUACGAGGAAAUUGAGCAUCACAUUUUAUGUUCAGAUUAUUUUGUUAAAUGUGUCAGCCUGAAGAGUAUGCGGAACUUCCCCCAGUGUCUGUGGCCAAGCGUCCGCGUUGGGGGGUGGCACGCGGGCAAGCACAUGGGAAGGGAACGAAGGAGAGAUGGAAAGAAAGAGGCAGAGAGAGAUCGAGACAGACACUUAGGAAGGAGCCCCCUUUUGCAACCGCGCACCAAAUGGAGUGAACAAACAGAAGAGUCGCUCCUCCCAAGGGGGAACAACUACAUAAACAGCGCAACGGAAUUUCACGCACUGCGGCGUGUUCCCUUUAUUGACAGCUUUUACACGUACGCCUUUGUGUACCACUAUGACUUUAAGUUUUUCCAAGAGGUGUGUGUCAGCGGGUGGGGCUCUACCUCUGCCGGCAGCAAUAAUUGCAUUUGCGCAGAUAUGGACAUCGGGAUUACCACAGUUGGGGGGGGGUCCACCGUGGGAAGAAGCUCUAUGUAUGGCAGGAGUGGCAGUGUUUCUGGGCCACUGCCGCGGGGGAAGACACAGCCACAAGUGCAACUGCAACCACCAAGAGAUGUAAGCUCGUCGAUUGGGCACCCCACCCCGGUCUCGCUUCAAAUCAGCAAAAGCGCCUUCAACGAGAUAUACAAAAGAAGGAAGUACGCCUUUUUCACCGAUCCCCAGGGGGAUGAUCCAAAUGAGGGAGGAACAACCCGUAGGGGAGAAGCAACAAAUAGCGGAGCAGAAACAAGUAGCGGAGCAGCAACAAGUAGCGGAGGAACAACCCAACAGAGGAGGGGCGUCCCCCCCAAAAAGAGGCCCAAAAAGAGUACCAAACGGAGAAGAAAAUCCCGCUGCUACCUUAACAACGAAAACGAUGCAGACAGUAUGGGGAAGGCAACAUGGGAGGAAGAAACUCCUUCCUCCCGAGAGGACAAAAAUCCAUUUGGAAGUGCUUCCCCAGGGGAGGACGAUGCGUUAUCGAAUGAGCUCAUUGUAUCGUUAGGGAGAAACUAUCCUAGGAAGACCCAUCCUGUGGGGAACCCCUUUGUUAAAAGAUACCUCUCUGUUGAUCUCCGAGGGAAGAAGAUGUGUGUCAUUAUUCUCUUAUUCGACAUGGUAGCAUCUCAGAUGUUCAUAGAAAGGACCAAUUUAGGGAGUGCCAGCCCUUCUACGGAACGGCAACAGAGCAACUACUUUAGGAACUUAAUUGCAUCAUCAAAGGGGAUGUAUUGUAUAAGCUGCAUGCACAGCACGCCUGCGUCGGUGUCCAAACCGAGUGCCACAGUGGAAGAAAGCACAAGCUUUGUCCUCUCCCUAAGUGAGGAACAGUCGGACCAACUCUUCAUGAUAAAGUCAUGCAUCUAUAAGGCUUCAUCAGGGAAGCAGGUUAAGUACAUUUUUAACAAUGUAAAAAAGGCAUACUACACUUAUGAGAGGGCCAAAACGGUGAAGGAUUACAAAUAUAAAGAGAAGGCGGUCGUUACUGACUUGCGCAGCAUGGAGAGCCCAUCCAGCAUCACGGAUGAACUGAAGAAGAUUGCCAAUCUGUACAAAGGAACGGCGCAGGUGAGGGGAAACAACCCAAAGUUGCUGAGAUAUAUGGAGGAGGAAGAUCACAUAUUGAGUGUCAAGAGGUUGAAAAAGAAGAUGUCAGAUGAGUUAAUUAUCUUGGACAAGAAUAGAGACCUGCACAAGGUGACCCUGGGGCACAAGGUGCUCCUGGAGAGGCGGACAAAUGAGGCCACUGCCCCACCGGAGAAUCAUUCCAUCGGCCCCCCGACAAAUCACACCAUCUCGCACACCUUCAUGAUACGUUUCAACGACCAAUUGAGCAUUCUCUGCAUGACAAGAUAUUGGAAGACCUCCUAUUUGUACGUCCGAAGCAAGGAAGACCUCUUUGGAGACUUCCAAAAUGCGCUCUCUCUUCUGAGAGGGGAAAAAAAAGCGUCUAUGAUAGGACAAAACAUCUUCACCAUCUCAGGGGGAGUCCCCGCGAAUGGGUCUCUGCGGGGGAAAAACUCCCCUACCAAAAGGUGGAACCAACAAAAGGACAUCAAGAAAAAACGAACAUUUGAAAUGAUCCAAGAGGAACAAUUAGAAUCACUAAACCUUACGAAAGAAAAACUUAUAUAUGCAAAAUGUGUAGGUCAGAAUGGAAGAAGCAAUUUUUACGUCCUCCAGAUAAGUACGAAUAGCAUCAUUAUAAAUCACUAUUAUGUCGACCCUCUUAGGGGUACCCGUCUACAAUUGGUAGAUACAUCCUCGUGGGGCCUGACUUCCGCCCCAGUCAUCCACUACCAUUUCGAUAAGGGCAUCUUGGCCUUAUCCUACGUAACUGGCACUGUCGAGUUGUUUUACAUAGACGGGGUGAAGAGUCUCUGCUUGUUAAUCGAUAGAGUGACCUUCGAAGAAAGAAUACACUCCAUUUGUAUCAUCCCGAAGGAGCACAAAAAAGGGGUCCCCUCAAACGACCCUGCAAAGAAGUAUAAGUACAUCUUACUCUGCAUAGGAUUGCAGAGACGAUGCAGAGUUCUGACGUACUACGUCGAUGAGGGCUGUAUGCGUAACUCUACUGAAGCAUCACCUCGGCUGUUAAGCUGGAUGGACGGUCUUCCCACCCACGAGAAAGAGAAGGAAAACAGAAAUAUAAACCUAUGUGGACACUUUUUAAAUGCAAGAAAUGUCAAGAUGGACCCCCCCCGGGGGAAAGACCUCCGACCGUUUCCUCAACAGCAUACCUUCCAACGCAUAAACAAAUCGCUUAACCCUCCGGAGAAAAACACACACUUCGUGGCAGACGUGUAUGAGUACAGCAUAGAUACCCUAAACGAUCAUUGUACCAUCACAGGGAUGAUAAAACUGAAUAAUUUUCUCCUCAUAGGGACAAAUGAAGGCGUUGUCAAAGUGUAUGACAUUUUCCAGUCAAGCAACGCCCCAAGGAGUGAUCUCUUUCUGUGUCACUUCCGGGUUUAUAAAAAUCAGAAGAGAGUAAUCAAAAUGUUUGAUGAGUUUCUACUUGGGAAUAAUUCCGUUUAUUUUUUGAAUCCAUUGAAGGGGUACGACGGCGGGGGGGCCAAGUCGCCACGCCUUGUCUACCAGAAGAGAUUCCGAGCCGUGGCCUUCUGCGGAAGCGGCAUGUUCAUGUUCGUGUCGAAUAGGGUUAUUCGGGGGGGAACGACAACAGCGAGGAAAUUGACCGAAGGGGAGAAGAAGUGGGAGAACGUCUCGGGUAGCGGUCAACGCGGCUCCCUACGCAGAGGACGCCACGACUAUUUGGACGAAAUGAAAGCCAGGGUAAACGGCUACCUUGGCAACCUGCUUAACCUGGAAAAAUACAGACUGUGCGAUCUUCUGCGGGACAGACGCAUAGGCGAAGGAGGCAUGCCGAGCAGGAACAUUUUUAUUCUCCCCCUGCGUAUUUUCAAAAAUGGAACUAAUCCCCCAUCGGGGGGCGUAAACCGAUCGGAUGCAACAAACCAAUCGAGCCAUUUGAUGGAAGCGCACCAAACGGACAGCCCACCCAGUGACGCUAGAAAUAGCCGUUCAGAUGAACCCUCCUCAGACAGACGUAAAGAAGCCAUCCCCUCUCGCCUCAUGAGCGGGCAAAAUCGCGAAACGGGCGCCAAGAAGACAGAUCACUUCGACUACGCACCAAUCAACCAAAGGUUAAUAAAGCUCAAAUAUGAAAUCAGUGCAAAUAAUAUUGUCUUAAUUAAAAACAAAGACAGCACGUUCCCCUACCUUAUAAUCAUCCACCUAAACCAUAGACUGUACACUGGACUGAUUCAAAGGGAUCAGAUCCUUGUCGAGAAGAGGAAGAACCGUAAAGAGGGAGGCACAAUCGAUAAGUUUGUAAAGUCUGACAGAUGCUGUCCCCCCUGUGAUUACUAUACGAAGAAUUUUGUUCUCUACUCAGAGGUUAGUAGGAGGAGGAGGCAGAAGGGUCUCACUGCGGUGGGGGGAGGAAGCAACCUCCGUGGGGAGCUCAGAAAACGCCACUGCUAUGGUGAUGCAAAGAAACAGGAUCGCCUCUCCGCCAGAUGUGCGAAGUGGGAGAAGUCUGCGAAGUGCGCCAAAACAGAUAAGCCAAACGAAAGUAAUGGGUUCCCCCCGCAGAAUAGAGACAAAGAAAGAGGAAUAGGCACCCACUGUGGAGGCAACAACCUUUGCCUGAAAAUGGACAAGAAGAUUAUUGACACCUUUAGAAGUAGCAUGCUGUCCGAUGUGUUCCUGAUCAGCCUACAUCGGAAAUACAUCCUUACUGAGUUGUUCCUAAUUUGCUCGAGCACGGAGAAGGGGGAAAUUAUUGACGCCAUCGAGGGGGGCGGAGAUACGAAACAGGAAGGGGGGUACAGCUCAGGGGAGAACUCUGCACAACCAUUUUCGGGGAAGAACUCUGGACAACCUUUUUCGGGGCAAAACUCAGAGUAUCACUCUUCGGGCCAUCUGGAACGGCCCCCCCUUGGGUUACCCCCUCGAUGCUUCCCCGUGAAGCUUCUCACGAACGGCAUUGACUUCGAGGGAAAUACAAAUGAGAGUGCCAACUCCCUUCGCAUAUACACCCAAUUAUACCUAAGGGAUUACAAUCUCUUUGCUUCGAACAAAGACGUCUUGUCUUUGCUGCGAAACCAGUGCGUUAACUUUGUGAACAGAUUCUACGCCUUCCUAUUUUACAACACCGUUAGCAGGACGCAUCAGCUGAAGCCGUUUUUUCAAGACAGGUGGAUAGCGAAGAAUAUAUCCAUUACCCUGUCAGGGAGUAGCCAUCUUACUCUUGGUGACCAAACCGUUAAGAGUGCCCCUCGAGGUAGGGACAAUUACCAUCUUAAGGACGAAGAGAAGAAGAGGGAACUGCUGCAUAACUGCGUCAACCGUAUCUGCAACAUAUUGAUGGCACUGAUUGGAAAGAAAACACACGCGGUGAUUAGCAAAAGUUUGUUCCUGCACCGGAGUCAUAAGAAAUGCAGGGGGGAAGAAGCGAAGCGUAGCUACUACGAAGGUGAAACGGGGGACACCCACGAGGGAGAUUCGCGAGACAUCCACACAGGCGACGCGAAAUUCAACGGAACGAAGAAAAAAAAGGGCAGCGGGGAACACUACAAAUGCACAAAGAAACAGCGAAAAGUUGGAAAUAACGAGACUGUCCAAAUGGACCGGAAGGGCGGCCCAGUUGAUCCCUCCAAGUGUAUAGACGACGGUGAUGCAAGUGGCAGCCCUUUAGCAGAUUCACCCCUAAAACAGAUGGACGUAACCCCAGACCCAGCCACGAACCUACCGGAGGAAUUGAACCCAGAGGAGGGUAGCAACGGGAGAUGUUCUCAAAACCGAAAUGUGGUGACAAAAGUGUUGUUUGAAAGCUUCUUCAACGAGGUAGAAAACAUAUACAAGCUGCGGCUGCUGGGGGGAGUGCCCUCCAGGGGAAGCGAGGCAGACAAUGUAGGCGCGAGCACAUCAGCGAACGAAGACCAUUGCCACCUCACCUUCCUCGCCGUGCACCUCAAAGGGAGCAAGUAUCACUUCAGCUCCGUGACCGAGUAUUACAAAAUAGUGGGAAAGAAGAGCGCGAAGGGGAGGAGGGGCCCUCUCGAAACGGACGCCCCAGAGGAGGAAAACUCGAGAGAAAGGGACCACCGACCAGUUGGAGAAGCAGGCGUAGCAGAUGAAUCAAUCCGAGGAGGCGUACCAAUCCGAGUGGACGAAUCAAUCGGAGCAGGCGUACCAAUCGGAGUAGGCGAAUCAGGUGGGGGCGCUUCCCCCCGGAGCGGCACCCAUAGAUGUAGGAACAAGACGCACAAAAAGGAGCACACACAAGUGAGGAGAAGAGGCAUUCACAAAAGGACCCACCAUAACCGACGCACAGGACAAAGAAAAGGGAAGCUCCCCGUGUUAGCAUCUAGGCGAACUGCCUCAUAUCUCUUGAGGGAGAACAGAGUGUGGUUUGUGCUGUACCGCGGAUGGCUCAGGAUGGCAUCUAACAGCGUGAAACGGUUUUCCCAAAGGGUGAAAACGAGAAAAAAGAAAAACGAGACAAAGGAAAGUCUCAAAGAGGAAGAGAAGGACAGCUACGACUGCCUCUUCGUAUUCCCCAAAUACUUACGGGACCAGUACAAGGAAAUCCUCCUGUGCAGAUUAAAAGACAAAGUCAACAGGAUGUUCAAUUUUAACGAAGGAGACCUAUUUCUUGUCCUGAAAAUCCACUUGAAUUAUGUCUUCCUCGUGAAUUACCGCAGGAGGAUUUCCUUCUGGGUCAACAUAAAACGUGUGUAUAGAAAUUUGCUCGUUAUCCGGCUUGAGCAAAGGCCCGAUAAAGAAGGGGAAACGAAGGAAGCCGCAUCCAACGACCGGACUUCCAACGACGCGAUCUUCCACGAGGGGGCACCCCCAUACGUGCGCAAAGAUAAAACCGUACUGGUGUUCAAAAAGACGAAGCGAGAAGACAUCCUCCCCUUCUUCAUUAAAAACACGACAACUACCCCCAUCACCUACAUGAGCAGGGGCAUGAGAAAUAUAAAGCCCUUCCAGAGCAAGUACAUAAUCUUCACGCAGAAAAAUCACAUUGUCCUACUGAAGAUCGUUUUUUCGAAAAGGAGUAGAGAAAUUUCAGGGAGCAAGAACGGACUAAUGGAGACAAUCCUGCAGAAUUGUAUUUACGACAGGCAGAUGCUUCUGUACCGAACGCAAGAUGGUCGAAUAGUGAAUUUUUCCGACGUCUUUAAUGAGCUGCUCGGCAAGCAGUACGUAAUAAAGAACCGGUCUAGGGGGAAGAGGGGCCUAAGCGAAGUAGAGUACAUAGAAAUGUUAGCCAAUAGGAGGGGCAGAGUGGAAGGGGCUGCCACCACUACGACCAACACCACGAUGAACACGAUGAACUCCCGGGGGAACAAUCCCGAGCGAAGUGCGAACCCUGAUGGAAGCGCGCAAAGUACACCGUCCGCAGCGAAUGCAAGGCACGGAGAAUACCUAAACGGGAAACAGUACCACAUGAUGAAGCAAAAGGAUGAGCAGUACAUAGACCUAUUUAAAAGUUAUACUUUCGAGGAACACUUUACCGAAGCGGAGAAGGAAUUCCUCUACCACCUAAACUACCAAAUCGUGGAGCAUCACAGGAAUGAAGAAAAUUUUGAAAACAUAAACGACAUGGAGGUGUAUGAAGAUAAAAUUCUCAUCGUCACAAGAAGUUAUGUUCGCUUGUACCAAUACGACGAAGAGAAAAAUGUUCUGACCCUGCAAUGCUCCAAUACGUUUUACAAUAUUAACAGCAUGAUAGUGAACGAAAAGUACAGAAAGGCAUUACUCCUGCGAGGCAUCUUCCAAAGUGUAAACAUCGCUUCGAAGAGGUUCCUCUCUGUUUACUACAUACUGGGGAAGUGUAUGUACUAUAUUGGGCAUAUAAAAAUACGAAACAGAAUAAAACACAUUUUUGAAAAUAAAUUGCUACACAAUGUCAUGGGUGUUAACAUGAAUGUCAAUCGAAGCGAACACAUGAUAGACAGCAUACGAACGUAUCAGAGAUUUUUUUUUAAUUUUUUCCUUAUCGACUCUAGAGGUAAUUUUCUGUCCAUAUAUAGCUCUCCUUUCGCGGAAGAAAACCAGACGCAAAAUUACUUUUACGAUCAUAAUCGGCCCCUGCAGAUAUGUCAUGACCUCAUGUUAUUUUUGCAAAUACUUAUCAAUGGGAAGAAUGGCUCGCCAUCUCCCCAUCCAAGGGGUGAUCCAUUUAUGAACAAGACAAAAUCACUCCACUCGAAAAAAAGGAUGAAAAAACUACAGAGGAACUAUUUUUACAAUAACUAUUUUAUCAAAUCCAAGUACAGAACGCUGUUAACAAUUUUCAUCAGCCGAUUUUUUAUUUACAUGAAUAAAAAAAUUCUCUUUUUGGAAAACGCCUUUUCACAAAGGUGCACAGAUGACUUCCUAUUUGAAUUAAAGCUACGUGUUUACAACAGAAUUUUAAAACUCAGUUCGUACGAUUUUUCUGAUAGGAAAAGUGCCUUCCAGUUGCUAAACGAUAUGUAUGAUAUGCGGGCCAAUAAGAAUGUCCCCUACUUUUCUCUGCAAACGCGUCUUCAGGAUUAUGCAGACAUUAUCCGCAGUGACCUUUACCACAUGAAGGUGUUCCGCUCGGACGCCCCCCGUGCUAAUCAGCCUGUAGAAGGUUAUCUCAGACCCGCCGCUAUAAACCACGCGAAGGAACCUUCGCUCGAAAGAAGCAUUACCAGAAAAAUUGAAGAAAUGAAUAAAUACCGAUUCGAUCCCAUAAGAGCCUACAACGGGGUGGUAAAAAACAACAUCAGAGACAACUGCUACUACGAUGUCGACUUUUAUCACUUCCUCGAUUGCAUCCACAAUAUGGACCAAGGCACCUUCUCCAAAAAGACCAAACCUGCAGAGUAUAAAAAAUAUUUGAAAAACAGCUUUGCAGACAAUUCGCUCUUUCAAAUUUAUUUCAACUUUCUCACCUACAUGUCUAAUAACCCCAAAAUGUUUCAUCACAUGAAGAAAUAUUUGCAUUUCCAUCCCUACUCCACCAAGUUAUUAAAAAACAGGACGUAUUAUUUCAACAUGGAUUUGCUCAACGUCAUCUUCAGCUUUGACAAUGAUGCUUUGGCUGAACUUAGAAGUGUCAUCACCUUAUUCCCCACUUGUCCCUCCCUCGACGAGGUCUUCACGGCAGUCUCUCUCAUGCACAUGCCCCUUGGCGGGGCAUAA